AUGAACGAGAAGGCCAGCGUCUCCAAAGAGCUUAGUGCAAAACACAGAAAGAUACUUGAAGGCAUUCUUAAAUUAUCAGAAAACAGGGAAUGUGCUGACUGCAAAAGCAAAGGCCCAAGAUGGGCUAGCGUGAAUCUGGGAAUCUUCAUAUGCAUGCAAUGUUCUGGGAUUCACAGAAGUCUUGGAGUACACAUAUCAAAGGUGAGAUCUGCAACGUUGGACACAUGGCUUCCAGACCAGGUUGCAUUUAUUAAAUCAAUGGGAAAUGAGAAAUCAAAUAGCUAUUGGGAAGCGGAGCUGCCCCCUAAGUAUGAUAGGGUUGGAAUUGAAAAUUUUAUUCGUGCAAAGUAUGUAGAGAAGAGAUGGACUCCUAGAGAUCAAAAAGCAAAUUCAGCCAAAGGGGUUAGAGAAGAGAGGGUUGUAGUAUAUAAACCGGGACCUGGGACUAGAAUUGGUGUUGCAUCUGCAAAUGGUUCAAACCAUAUCUCUGGAGAGAGGAAAAACCCUGAGCUGCGUGACACAAACAGAAGUAUCCCUACUUUAGAAAAAUGCAAUAUCCCGGUGCCUUCUGAAUUAUCUAAGCAGGUCGCUCCUGAUCCAAAACUACAAGGAGUUUGUCAGAAAUCAGAACCAGCAGCCUCAAAGGCUGCAUUAGGAAGGAGGGCUGGAGCUAAUGCAAGCACAGCUGUCUCGGCAUCUGAGGUAAGUCCCAAUAAAAAGCCACACGAAAUUCAUCGGAAAUUAGAACCAGCAGCCUCAGAGGCUUCACUAGGAAGGACCGAAGCUAAUGCCAGGGCACCUGUCACAGCAUCUAACAUUGAUUAUGCUACAGAUCUUUUUACCAUGUUUUCGAAAGAAGGCUCAAAAGAAAACAACUCCAGAACAACAUUUAGUGCUGAUGAUAAUGCAUCGGCAGGAUUCCAGUCUGCUGAAGUAACAUCAACAGCAGAGAAAUAUGUUCCUUCAAAAGCUGUUGAAAGAAAGAUCCAAUUUGACUCUGGAAUUGAGGAUCUAAUCAAAGAUUUUCAAUUUGUAACACACCCUGUUUUGAAGAGAAAGAUGUGA